AUGUCACUAUUAUAUCUUACAACUUCAGUCAAUAAUCAACGAAUGAAAAUGAUGAUUGAUACAGGUGCAAAUAAAUCCUUUAUUUCCAUUCAAGCAUUAAAUUCAACAUCUAGUAAACAAUUUUUUAAUCGAAUCCAUCGUCGUGUAUUUUUAGCUGAUGGUUAUUCAUCUCUUGCUGUUUACGGUGAAGUCAAAUUAAAUAUAACUAUGGGCGAAAUGAACACGUUUAUUAAUGCAUAUAUUGUCAAAAAAUGA